GAGGCUGGAGAUGGGACCGGGGAGGCUGGUGUCCACGCUGGUCCUGGCGUUCGUGCUGGCCAUGGGGUCCCGGCCACAGGAACAGCUGCCCAGGGAGGCCCACAGCCUCAACUGGAACAAGACACACGAGGAAGCUGGGGGCAUCCAGGGUGAAGUUUCACAAAGUGGGCCAGCUGAAGGUGGUCCUGGCCUUUAGCCGGUCACAGGGGUGCCAGCCACACAUGUUACUUCUUUGGAAAGAUGGGAAGAAGGCGAUGUUCAGGAACACACGCAGACGGAACACGUCCAGCUUCCCGAGCAUGAAAAGACUCGUAGACACAUGUGAGACUUUGGAGCUCGCCGAUGGUGCGACCGUUCUUCCGAAAGACGGUGACGUGUGGUCGGGAGCCACCCCCCCGCCGCCCGCCGCCCGCCACUGUCCAGCCCCCUGUGCGCACGCCAUCCUGCCCUGAGGGCCACCACCUUUACUUUGGGGCUCCGCUCGUGGUCCUCCGAGACCCCGGGAGCGUUCUUCGCGGUUCCGGGAGUUCGCAUCCCGCGGCUUGCUGAGAGGUGUCUGGUGACCCCAGGCCGCUGAUGGGGUGAAGGCCAGGGACCAUGGCUCUAGCCCAAGAGGGAUCCUUGACGAUCCUCAGGAGCUGGGGAUAGGAGGGCACGUGCUGGCCGGCAGGGAGAUGCCAGUCCUGGCCCGUCAGCUAGUGCCCUCCAGGCGCCACAGCCGAGAAGGGCUGUCACCUCCUGUCUGCUGGGAAUAGACCUCGGACCGGUCCCGCGUAAUCCUCGCCGCGUGUCUUCUCCGCAGUGAGUCUGCGCACCGCUCCCUGCGCUCCCCGACACCCCACACUUCCCCAGGAAGCCGCUCACUCCUUCGGGAAACACGUAUAAGCACCCGUGACACGCCAGGCACGUGCUUGCUGCUGGCGAGAGGGCAGUGAGCAAAAUGGGCAGAGGUACUUUCAGAGACUCGUUGCCUUGUCGGGAGGGGCCCACACCGUGUGGUCACCCAGGCACGGUCACAGGCUCCGAGAGGUACAUAGAGACCAGUGCAAAAUGGCAAGAGCUCUGACUCGUCCCAGGGAGGGCAGGAGCAGUCAGGGAAGGCUUCUUGGAGGAAGGGACAUCCUGCUGAGGGGUGAAAGCCUGGCUGUUAAGUUUGAUGCGGUGGGGGAGCAGGGCAUCACUGAAAGAUGAAAAACCCCAGAGGGGGUCUGCCCCCAAGAC